AUGCCGCCUGAAAAUGGUCCCGCCGCAGACACCCUCGACGAACUAAAUCCGGCGCGGUAUAACGGCGAAGAUUAUGCGCUCGCAAGGGACCGGCCCAGCGCAGACUAUGGAGAUCUGGAGCAGGGUAGCGCCCCCUUGCUUCCCGGAGAUUUCCCCGCCCGCCGCGACUCGGAGCAUGGGUCUGACUUUGACUUUGAGGUACAUCGCCAGAAUGCGCGGCGCGAUCCGCCCUUCUCUUGUUCCAGGGCCGGAUUUAUUGCUUGGUGUAAAGGGCCCGAUCCGCCCCAUAUUUAUCGCGUGAAUCCGUGGUUUCCGAAGUGGCAGGCUGCGCCGGCGCAGCUUGUCGAGCGGUGGUUGCCAAGGAGACGCAUGAAGAUUGCGGCGCUUUUGGGAGGGCUUUUGUUUUGGGUGGUGGUUUUCUUUUCGCUGCUCAAGACGUCGCUUACGGAUCAGGAGGUCUUAGGGUAUGGACAGCCGGUCAAGCUGUCGUGUCACCAAAGCUUGUGGAACAAUGCCACGGACUGCGGCAUCAACGGCGAACUAUGUCGCCCGUUCGAGGACCAGUCUUUCGCCUUUCGCUGCCCGUCCGGCUGCGCGGCUGCGAUUCUCCUAGAGCCGUAUAAUGUCGGCGAGCGAGAAUAUAACUAUCGCCCGCUUGUGAUCGGAGGUAAGCCAUUCGGACUGGAUGAUCAUACGAGUGGUUUAUACCGCGGCGACUCAUCUAUCUGUGCCUCCGCUCUGCAUGCAGGGCUGAUCAGCGAUAGAAAGGGCGGCUGUGGUAUCCUACAUCGCCGCGGCGAAACGUCUAAGUUCGAGAACGUGACGCAAAAUGGCAUCGAGAGCAUCCCAUUCAUGCCUCAUUUCCCAAUGUCUUUCAUGCUCACUAGCCAGGCAUCAUCCGGGACAAGCGAGACAAAACUGGUCGAGUGUUCAGAUAUUCGUUGGUCUCUCUUUGCAUUCACGGUGGCUGUGACGACUGCCCUGUCAAUUACCGUGACUUCCGCGCCGGCAUUCUUUAGCGCAAUCUACUUCAUCACUUUUUUCCAGGUCGCUAUGGCAUCUGACCCACCUACCUCGAGUUUCUACGAGCUAGUCUCUAUCUGUCUUGGUCGGUUCAUACCCGGCGCGUUCGUCGGCUUCGUCUUAUACUACUUCUGCGUGAAGUAUACCCUCCGCGACCUCGACGCGCACCUCGAGAAAACCAUCCUCUGGCUAGGUGGGUGCUGGGUCGGCGCCCUAAACACAGACACCUUCGACCACAUCCCCAUAUCCCGCCUGACGCCCCACGACAUCCAACAACAACCCGGCGCCGCCACCGCCUUGUCAAUCAUCAUUAGCUCCCUUAUUAUGAUCACGUUCGUCCAAGCGUACUGUUUCCGCCGCGAAGGCCGCUUCUUCCCCAUGCUCCGCCUCUACGGCCUGUUUAUCCUAGGCAUCCUCGUCCUCGUCCUCGUGCCCCAUAUGAAGCUCCGCAUUCACCAUGACCUCCUCGCCAUGCUCCUUAUCCCAGGGACAGCGAUGCAAACGCGCCCCAGUCUCCUAUUCCAAGGCAUCCUCGUCGGCCUAUACAUCAACGGCAUCUCCCGAUGGGGAUUCGGCUCCAUCCUCCAAACCCCCGCCUCCCUGCUUGACGGUGCCAAACUCGGCACCGCCCCGCCGGUAAUCAACCCGCCGCGCAUCGAGCACCAGAACCGGCUCGCCUUCUCUUUCCCCGAGCUCUCGCCGCACGUCGACGGGAUCAGCGUCCUAGUUAACGAUGUGCUUCGCUUCAGGAGUCUUAAGUUAAACAAUAGCCAAGAUGUGGCCGAUUUUGUUUGGAAUCGGGGAUUUGAGAAUGAGAUUGAGCAUUUCCGCUUUGGAUAUGUGCAUGCUCAUGCGCUGGGUGGGUUUUGGUAUGAGGAUUUCACCGAGCCUUCGGCUUGGGCGGUUGAUGGGAGCUUUUCCUAA